UGCUUUUUAGGGCUUGUGAGCAGUGCGACAGGAGAGCGAUGAGCGCCAUGGAGGAGGACAAGGCGACGACGACCGCGAGCGAGGCUUCGUCCUCCAAGGCCGGCGCUGGCAUCGAUUACGCGGCGCUGGAGAGGGAUAUCAGCUCGCAGCGGGCAGUCGCGCUCCAGGAUGGGAAGCUCAAUGCCGCCAUUGAGUCGCUGCUCAAUCUGGAGAAGGGAAUGAGACUCGCCGCGGAUGUUCCUGGCACGCGCAAGGUCGUUGUGGCGAUUGUGGAGCUCUGCUUCGAGACGAAUUCUUGGAAGACGCUCAAUGACCAGAUUAUGCUACUGUCCAAGCGCCGGGGCCAGCUCAAACAAGCUGUGACGUCGAUGGUCCAACAAGCAAUGCAGUACCUCGACAAGGCUCCUGACCAGGAAACGGAGGUGGAGCUCAUCAAGACUCUGAACCUGGUGUGCGCUGGAAAGAUCUAUGUGGAGAUAGAGAGAGCCAGAUUGAUUCGAAGACUGGCGACAAUUAAAGAAGGCCAAGGACUGAUUGCUGAGGCGGCAGAGCUGAUGCAGGAAGUAGCGGUGGAGACUUUUGGGGCAAUGGCCAAAACGGAGAAGAUAGCUUUCAUACUGGAACAGAUCAGGCUCUGUCUAGCCAAGCACGACUACAUGCGGGCCCAAAUACUUUCCAGAAAGAUCAACCCUCGAGUGUUUGUUGCUGACUCGAAAGAAAAGAAGAAGAAAGAAGGAGACAACAUCGUGGAGGAAGCCCCUGCUGACGUUCCCUCACUCCUGCAGUUGAAAAGAAUGUACUACGAGCUAAUGAUUACGUUUUACUCACACAGCAACGACUACUUGGAAAUUUGCCGAUGCUAUCAAAACAUCUACGAUACUCCCUCUGUGAAAGAGAAUCCGUCAGAUUGGAUGCCCGCUUUGAGAAAGAUAUGUUGGUACCUGGUGUUGUCACCACAUGAUUCCAUGCAAUCUAGCUUGUUACACGCCACUCUCGAGGACAAGAAGCUAACUGAUCUUCCUCAAUUUCGGUCUCUGCUGGAGAGUUUCGUGACCAUGGAAGUUGUGAGCUGGGACCAGUUUUGGACCACUUACAAAAGUGAAUUCGAGCUCGAGGCGACACUUCCGGGGGGCAAACUGGUGGACAAAGCAUUGGAGGAUCUCCGGCGUCGAGUAAUCGAGCACAACAUACUAGUUGUGUCGAAAUACUACGCGAGAAUCACCCUGACGCGGCUAUCUCAGCUCCUGUGCUUGCCACUUGAGGAGACGGAGACGUGCUUGUCGGAGAUGGUAGUGUCGAAAGCUCUGGUUGCCAAAGUGGAUCGGCCCGCGGGGAUCAUCUCUUUCCAGAUGAACAGAGAAGGGAACGACGUGCUCAACUCGUGGGCCAUCAACAUCGAGAAGCUGCUGGAUUCGGUGGAGAAGAGCUGCCACAAGAUUCACAAGGAGACGAUGGUACACAAAGUGAGCUUGAAGGCUUAAAGAGAGACGUUUGUGUUCUCGAAAUUUUUCAUAACUAAACGAAUGUUCUUGCUAAUAAAAGGAGCCCUAGAGUA